UUCUGAGUAAGGUCUCGGAAUUUUCAAUGUGUCACCGUCAAGAACACAUACACACGAAAACACCGAGUGUGACACACAAUUAAAAAAAAAACCCGCAUGUGUUUCCGCUCGGAGUUAUUCAGCCCGUUACUAGCCUUAGUUUCUAGAUACCGAGAUCGUAUUACUGUGUCAAGUGUUCAAACAGUGACUGAUAUAUAGCCCUGUGUACUUUUCACUUUUCGUGACAUGCUUUUUGUCUACACGAGGGCUGAGCUUUGUACACAUGUGUACAUCAGUUUCAUUUCUCGUACCGGUAUACAUCAAAAUUGUGCAUGUGUCAACCUUGUUCUGUGGCUGUAGCCUUCUGUAGAUCGACUUUCAUAGAGUUUACAUCUAGAUGACUAAAUGCAUGACGCGUAGGACGUAAUCAUCUUCUUUUUUGAAGUAACGUCUGUAUUAUAUAAGAUAAGAAGAUAUAAGAUCUAUUACUGGCCUAAUUUAUUCUGAAUUUGGAGAAAGGAGCCAUUGAUCUAUCUGUCAACAUUGACUAGAUCUAUUUGGUCACACAUGAAUCUAGAUUUGUAUUGACAUAUGUGAAUUAUGUGUUAAGCUUGUGAAUUCCUUUGGAUAUAUAUCUAUAAAAUGUUAAAUCUUUCAUUGACGUGGGAUAAUAUCUAGAGCUACAUCUAAUAAGAUAAGUGACUUCUAGGAAGAACGUGACACAAUCUGUGACAAAUUUCAUUCUCUGUCUUGGAAUUAAUUUUACAAAGGUGUUCUGGGAUCUUCCUCCCAGGAGCUAAUGCUGAUUGUAAAGUAACUUCGAGCAUCUGGGAUACAUUUUUUUUCAAGCUUCUAAACAAGACCACAUCUUCUUACGUCUGAACACCAACAUCAACCAUCAUUAACCAACUACAUCUACCAACGACAUCAACCACCAAUGCUCGUCUAUAGCUCUGGGCUUGUUGUUAUUGGAGCGCGUUCGGACCCACCCAGUGCUCAUCUAUCACUUCAUCAAGAAGAGACUUAAAAAAAAGGGGGAGGGAGGAUAGAUAGAGAAGAAAAAAAAUAAAAAGAGAAAGUUUAAAAGAAAAAGAAAAGACAUCACAAGAAAAGGAAAGCAAGAAUACAGAUCUCUAUCGCUCACCGCCUCAACCGGAAACAGGCAUUUGCUGGGUGGUUGGUGCACGGGUAAGGGAGGGAAAGCGAACCUGAGGCUUGUAACUGCCGAGAGAUGGAGGGGUAGGGUAAGGGCGGCUUAAAAAGCGCCACCUGUCGGCUCGUGUCUGGCAUCGUCUGCAGUGUUCCCCGGUGCCAAGAAAGUCUCGCUCUCAGAUCCGCCUCCGCCCCCCCCCCCCUCCCCCAGGAAGCAGACAUCUUAGUACUCACGUCUGUGGAUGGAAGAAAUACGCUAAAAACACAGUUCCACAUAUAUACAUACACGCUAGAGAGAGACAUACACGCUAGAGAGACAUACACGCAGAAAGCGGUAACCAAAAAACUUGAUUGAUCCUGUACCGCCGUGCUUCUUCGGCGACAAACACAUCGCCAGCGGCAAAGUCGCAAUCGUUCACGCUUGAAAGUCGUGCGGCAAAGUCGCCCGCACAUUGGUGGCGUCCAAUAUGGGCGCCCUGAGGAGAGACAAUAAUAAAGGCAGCGGCACGUCAUCGUCUGCUCCGACCGCUGCCAACUCUGGUAGUGUACCAGCCUCUCUGUCAUCAACUUUAACUCCAGCGAGACCUAAUGGAAACGACUUCACUUUAAACAAUGCAAGGAUGGCGUCAUCGCUGAGUUCAAAGGCGAAGGUCAGGGACCGUCAAGGAUCUUGGCUAGGACUUCGAUUCUGCGCCUUUCUGAUCGUAUUGUUGUGGGCCUGUGAAAGCACUUCCCUGGCACAGAGGUUAGUGUAUUGUCUUGAGGAAGCUGAGGAGGCUUUAGCACACCAAUUCAAAUUCAGACCAACUUGCCAUGCCAGCAUGCAGGUGACAUCCUUCGAGUAUCAGAAGAAGUUUAACAAGCAGCUGGACCUGGGAGAGUGCCCCAUGAGGGAGGUGUCAUUCAAUCUGUCUGGAACGAUGAUGUAUCAUUUGAAACGCUGUCCAGUCACCCAACCUGGGACUAUCGUCCACAUGCAGACAGCCAUCAAUGACAGUCGUAACAUCCAGAUUGAGAAUCCCUCCCAGAUUGUUUCCUUCAUCCCACUGUGUGGUGGGGAGGCUGCCUCUUUCCUGGGUAUUCUGCACCAUGGAGAUUGUGUUGCUGUCGACAUAGCCAGUAAGUUGAUCUUCAGUGAGAAAACUCUGGUACGUGCCUAUGUUGGAUAUUACCAGGAAUCGAUAGAUGUAUUGGAGCCCACUCCAAUGGAUCCCAGGAUUUUAAUGGAUAGUCGGAUGUCUAUCUUUGAGGACAACUUUUACGUUAAGGAAAGAAGUUAUGGAACGAUAGAACUUGUCAUAGUACACUUCCGUUUUGCCAGCGUAAAUGAGAAGCUACGAGCAGCGGCAGUCAAGCUUGAUACCACUCGUAUGUCAGAGUACUUGAAAAGGUUCAGCCUCAUGAAUGUUAUCCCUACAAAAACCACAGUUAUUACGCUUUCAACGACUGAUCUAAACUCCUAUAACAUUCAUCACUAUCCUGGCAUUGACUAUGAGCGGGCAAUUAGGACUGUCCAGGUGGCCGAAAUUAAAAUUUGGACUAGAUAUGAAGAGAUCAAGGCCAGAAAGCUGGUGCCACAUCUUUCUUAUGGCUUCUACCCAUUUUUGGAAGAAGACAAAGCCACCCUGCGUAGUGUUAAUCCUUUGAUCUGGGAAGAGACUUCAAUGCUGGAGAUACAGAUUCGUCAAGCUAUCAAUAAAGCUAAAAAGAAUGUGAAUUUUUGUGGCAACAAUGAAAUCAAGCUCUGCGUUAGAAUCCGGGAACUUCUGGCCACGUUAAGAGAAUUCCACAAAGAUUUUCGCCUCCGCAGAGCCAACUGGGUGGCAUUGUCGAUUGAAGAGAAGAACGCAUUCACCAGCCACUACAGUACCAGAGUAAAGCCUUUCUUAAGUUUAACUGAAUCACUAACAAGAGAUGUUAAAAAGAUGAAAAAAAAUGAACGACUCGCCCUCAAGAAUCUAACUCGGCACACCUCCAACGAAAUCUCAAAAACAUCCAAGAAAAACAAGAAAAAGCAUCCAGUUCGCCACGGAAGGAAGCGAGCUGAAGCCCUUAGAAGAAUGCCCAGUUAAUAUGGCUUUGAAUGCAUAUAAAACUACAGAAAAUCUCAAUGUUUAUUUGUCUGCAAAGGACUCUGUGGCAAGAUUCAUUAAGGAAUCAUAGACAAGUAACCAAUGAUUUUAGAAAAAAAGACAACAGGGACAAUAAGAGUGAUGUCCUCUUGUUUAAGAGUGAAAAAGAAGAGUUAUGUCCUUGUGUCUAUAUAAAUUACAUUUACAAUAGAUUUGUUGUUCAAAGAGGCAAGGUGGCCUUGCAGGCCAGGUACUAGGUGGGCUUGUAAGCCAUAAACAAUGUUCUUGAGCUUAAAAGACUAAAGUGCUGAUGAACAUGUAUUAUUAUUUGUAAUUAACGACUACUUUCAUUAUGUUUUAGCACUUGUUGGAUUGACGUGAAUCACAGAAAACCAAUGAAUUUAAAAAAAACAACUAAUUACCUUAAAGUCACUCAUUAAAUUUCAAAUUUUUUUAAAAGAUGAAAAUGAGAAUGGACAAAAAUCUUUAACACAGCAAACGUUUCUGUAUCCAUACAAACUAUGUAACUAAUGUUUGUCAUUCAUUUACAUUUUGUUCUUAAAUGUCAGUCAGAUUAACAUGGAGGAUUUCUAGAUCUAUAAGCUGUUAACAAAAAUAGAUAGAAGAAGAAAUUAUAACAGAAGAUAUUGUAGCUUUGAAAACAUUUUUUAAAAAAAUCACAGCCAAAAAAGACAAAAAGAAAUUGCAGCCGUAAAAAUAAAUAUAGUCGGAAGAAAUCACUUUAAAAAAAAAUUAAAAUAACAUUAUUUUAUUUUUUCUUAUCAUAACUGGUACUAACUGGGAAAAUUUAAAUUACUCAAUUCUAGCUUUGAAUUACUCAAUUCUAGCUUUGAAUUACUCAAUUCUAGCUAUAAGCAUAAUAAAUAGUAGCAUAAACAGAUUUACAUUAUUAAUAAUUUAUCUAAAAAUACACUUACUGCUUUUUUGGGUCGUAUGUAUCAUGCAUGGUUUAGUGCAAUGCUAUUCACAAUGGACCUACACGAGAACCCAAAUCUUGUCACCAGAUAAAACCUUGAUUAAACCCAGUAGCUCCUUUAUCUUCAUAUUUAGGAAUAAUAAUAAUAAUCUUUAUUGUCUGCAUGGAAAUUUGUCUUACAAUUUGUGCAUUACACCAAACAAAAAACAUUAUAACUAUAAGAAACCAAAGUGUACAAUAUGUCUUACUCCUAAGCAAAGAGAGGUAAUUUUUUUUUUAUUUUCAAUAUUACGAUGGUAAAAGAAAAAUACAAAAUUUGUUUGUACAUUUGAAUGUAAUAUUUCUGUUUAUUUUUGAGAUUUUUUUUUUUUUGUUUAAAAAAAAAAAUUGCAUUUAAGGUUAUUGAUGUUAUAAAACAAACAAGAAAUCAAAAUGCUUUCAAUUCUUACUGGUCACAUUCUUGUUGGCAAUCUAAAUUUGUGUUUGUCUUUUGUCUAUCAUCUGAGCCAGAAUAAGAAGCGAUAGAUAAUUUGUUUUAAUCAUGUAUCCUUUUUUUUUUUUUUUUAAAUUUUUUUUUUUUUUUUAUUCUUUAUAUUUGAUAUUAAGUUAAAAAUUAUGUAGAUAUAUUUCUAGAGGUUUUGACUAAAAAAUAAUAAUACCAAGAAUGCAGUGUUCCAAAAGGAGAUCACCAUCUGAAGUAUAAAUAGAAACAAAGCAUUUACAAUGUUAUCAAUAUAUCAAUGUAGAAUUUAAAUAACUUUUUAAAAAAAACAAAAAAACUUUGCUUAGAGACCAUUAAUUUUAACAAAGCUAAAACCUUGCUAUUGUCAUUUAAGCUAUAAACAGUCUUUCAUCAAUUUUAAUUUUUAAGUACUCUGGUUGAUACAUUUUUUUUUUCCUUUAAUGAAGCAAUGCUCUUCUUGCGAUGUUUUUAGAUCAGUGCUUCUCAAACUGUGUUCUGCUGAACCUCGUGCUAACACCCUCAUAGGUGUUCUAUAAACCACUGGAAUGUUUAAAUAUUGGGGCACCACGUGAAUGAAUCUCUCUCUAAAAAAAAAUCAGCAAAGUGUUCCGCUAAAUACUCAGAAUGUGGGAAGUGUUCCAUUAAGUAAAUAGUUUGAGAAGCGCUCUAUUGGAUGGAUUUUUUUUCCCAUCAUCAAAAGCCCAAUUAGCUAAUUGCUAUCAAUUACAAGUUUGGACGUCUCAUCACGGAUUAUAUUGAUUCUCACACUUUUUAAACUUAAACGUAGGCUAUUUCGUUUACAUUUAAAUCGGUUCAUUUCGUAAAAUUCCUUGAGAAUAAAAAGAAAAAAAAAUCUUUAAAAUUAGAUCAUUAAUCUUUUGCAUGGUUGAAAAGAACACUUGUUAUUUAUACAUAUUGUAGUAUUCAACGAGCACUAUUUCUUGAAGCUAUUAUUUAAUCAAAUCUUUUUCUGUGUCAGUCAAAUGACAAGGGAAGUCUGUUUUUUUUUAAAUGAAUCGAAAGUUUCUUAAUUUAGAAAUUAUAUAUGCUUCUUAAUUAUGCUUAAGUAAUCAACUCUAAUACAAUAAAAUAUUUACAUAACUGUUUCACAUCUUAUGCUGUUGAUGUAAAUGAAAUCCUGAUCCAUAUUUUUAAAUAUUUUUUUUAAAAAGAUUAUGCAUAAAAUGUUUUAAAGCACCAAUCUUUUUUAAUGCUGGAACGCACUUUUCAAGUUUUCAUGUAUGCUAUAGACAACCCAUGAUGGAUAUGUAAUAUGUAAUAUAAACAUUUAGUUAAAAAAAAUUGUAUUAUGCUGUUAAUAUCAUAUUCUGGCUAUUUUUGUUUGGCGUUUUUAAUAUUCCCCUUCAGCCUAGAAUCAUGUUUUUUAACAGCACUCUAUAAAUUAAAUUAUUAUUCAGAAUCAAGCUAAGGGAUUGAAUUCUUGCCUUAUGAGAUGACGCUGCAGUAUUUUAGGACUCUUUUACCGUACUUUGCCCAAGUCUUUUGUGACUGUAUGUGAACCAUUAAUUUAUUUGUAUAAUAUACAGCUACUGUGAUAGUUUGAUUUUUUUUUUUUUUUUUUGUUGUUAUCACAUUUUAUACAUAAUGACAUGUUUUGUUUGAGAUUUAGUCAAAAAGUUUUGCUGCAUAACCUUGUUGUCUAGGGUCAACUAAUGAAUAUCUGACUGUACUAGACAGACACUUUUAUUGGCCCUGUGUCAAUGAAAAUGUAGGUUGUUUUUUUUUUGGUCAAUAUUAUGAAGAUAAAUGUUGUUUUUUUGGUUUUUGUUCAUUUGUUUAUUUUUUUUCAACUGAUUCUUAGCCUAAAUUUGACCUAAAGGGUCUAUAUGGUGCAUGAUUAGCCGUAUCAUUAUUAAAAAGCUGCCUUGCUGUGUGAAAGGCUUUUUAGACUAUCGUCUUAACCUGUCGGCCAUUGUUCCCAGCCUUCUUGCAGGAGGUUUGGGCCAACUCCUAAUAACUUUCAUUUUUGACUGAGCCUCUGAAACGUACUACUCAAUUUUCAAUCGACUCGUUUAAAAUCAUUUUCUCAAAAUUGAUUUUGUAGUCAAGCGACUUGUUUUGUCAGACAGCAUCGAAGCUGUGAGAAUAUAAAUUACAAAUUUAAUUUUGUUUUCUCACAAAAUGUAUUUUGAAAAAAAAAAAAUCAACCUGCAAUUUUUUUUUGGUUAAAGGAAGUUAACUCCUUGUCAGUACAAAACAUUUUUUUUGUUUUUGGUAAAGAAAGUUAACUCCCUGCCUGUAAAAAAAAAAAAAAUUGGUAAAGGAAGUUAACUUUCCUUGUCAAUAUAAAAAAAAUAUUUUGGUUAAGGAACAUUAUUUUUUUGCCUUGACAAAAAACUGUACAUUGUAUUUAUUGUAAAUAUGUGUAAUAUAUGACAUGUAUUAAUUUAAAGUUGAUCGCUGGUUAGUCCAUUUAAUUAUUGAGGACCAGUUUGCGCCCCCACUGCUGACUCGCGUCAUUGGGAUGUGUGAUUGUGGGAUAUUGUUUGUAGAGAGGUUUCACUCUAUUUAUAGUUGUGAAGUGAUUUCCUAUACUUGUGACUUGUACACAGAACAAUGCUGGAAGUUAGUGUUCUGAUAAAGGAAUCAUCCCUUGUUGUGAUCUGCUGCUUGGAAAAUUUGAUUUUGUAUAUAAAGCUUCAUUUAAAAAAAACAACUUGAUUAUUCUUUGAAAUAAAAUUCGCUUUGAUAUGUAAGAACUUGAUGCAGCCCUCUCGGACCUUGCGAUCUACAGGGAAGAUGAUAUAAAGGUAAUAUUUUUCUGUGGCCCACGGUUGACAAGGGUGUCACGACUAACAAUGACUAACCACCUUUACUUUUCCCCGUCCAGCAAAUGUUAGGCAUUAGAACUAGGUUGACUCAGAGUCACCCAAAAUGAAAAAUCCCAGUCUUCAUCAGGAUUCGAACCCAAGCAAUCUACCACACAGCCACCGCAGAUGUGCCUACUUGAUGAUAAUAAUAAAUAUAUAAAUAAGCUUUUUCUCCUUUCAGGUCAAAGAUGAGCCCAAACUAUUUUUCUUUAAACUCGAAGAUGGCUAUGGGGUCUGAGCUUCACUUUGAAAAGCUGAUUACAUUUUAUCUUCAUUUACACAAGUUUUUUUUAGUUACACAUUACAGUAUACUUAGUAUUUAGUGUUGUCACCAGAGUAGCUCUUUUUUUUUAAAAUUACAAUUGUACUAUAAUAUAAGAAAAGGAAUAGACUCCUAGUAGUUCUGUUGUACAGCCUACAAGCUUCUAUCUAGUCAAUGUCUUAUUUGGAAACAAGAAAAAUGCAACAAGAAAUGUCUGAAUUCACUUUGUAUAAAUUAUAUAUUGUGUAUAUACAUAAUCUACUGUUAAUAAAGUCUAUUGUGACUAGAAAA